AUGAGCGCCCUCCAGCGCCCGGUGGUGCUCGACUGCGGCUCGGCGGUGGUCAGGGCGGGCCUGGCGGGCGGCCGCGAGCCCCGCUUCGUCUACCCGAACAUCGUCGGCCGGGCCAAGGGCCGCCUGGCGGCCGAGGGCGCGCGGGAGCUGUGGGUGGGCGACCAGGCGCAGGAGAGGAGGAGCGCGCUGUCCAUCAGCUAUCCUGUGGAGCGCGGUCUCAUCACUUGCUGGGACGACAUGGAAACUAUGUGGAAACACAUCUACGACAAUAACCUGAAAAUAAGCUCCAGGGAGAGCCCAGUCUUGGUUACUGAGCCAGCCCUGAACCCGCUGGCCGACCGGCGACAGACCACGGAGGUGUUUUUUGAGCAUCUGGGUGUCCCUGCUUUCUAUAUGUCCACCCAGGCUUUGCUGGCUCUCUUUGCCGCCGGCUUCACUACUGGCUUGGUGCUGAAUUCGGGUGCGGGGCUCACCCAGUGCGUGCCAGUCUUUGAGGGCUACUGUCUGCCACAUGGUGUACAGCAACUACACCUGGCAGGCCUUGACCUCACCAACUACCUCAAGAUGCUGCUGAAGGACCAUGGGAUCCUGCUGCUUAGUAGUGCAGACAGAAAGACUGUUGAAGACAUUAAGGAGACCGCUUGUUAUGUGGCAGUGAACUACGAAGAGGAAAUCGUCAAGAAACCCGAUUGCCUAGAGAAAGUUUAUAAGCUGCCCGAUGGGCAGAUCAUCAGGCUGCACGACCAGCUCUUCCGCUGUCCAGAGGCCCUCUUCUCUCCGUGUCUCAUGAACAUUACCACCCCUGGCAUCGAUAAGAUGUGCUUCAGCGCCGCGAUGAAAUGCGACACAGAUGUGAGGAAUUCUUUCUUCUCCAACAUUAUCCUCGCAGGGGGAUCGACUGCCUUCCCUGGCUUGGACAAGCGGCUGGUUAAAGAUAUGGCAAAGAUGGUGCCCCCUAACAUCCCUGUGCAGGUGAUAGCUCCCCCAGAAAGGAAGUUGUCCGCGUGGGUGGGAGGUUCCAUUCUGGCUUCCCUGUCUGCCUUCCAGGAUAUGUGGAUCACUGCUGCAGAAUUUAAAGAGGUUGGCCCCAACAUAGUCCACCAAAGAUGCUUCUGAAAUACAGAUAGAGUGGUUAGAAGAAAACCCU